AUGGCGCUGGGAGGCUGUGUGGGUAAUCGUUCAGCCCCUUGCCAGAGCGGAGGGAGAGUCGCGAAGAAAGACAAGAAGCCUAAGAAGUCAACCUGGAAGUUUAAUUUGGACCUUACUCGUCCAGUAGAAGAUGGAAUUUUUGAUUCUGGAAAUUUUGAACAGUUUCUACGGGAGAAGGUUAAAGUGAAUGGAAAAACUGGAAAUCUUGGGAAUGUCGUUCACAUUGAACGCUUCAAGAAUAAAAUCACAGUUGUUUCUGAGAAACAGUUCUCUAAAAGGUAUUUGAAAUACCUUACCAAGAAAUACCUCAAAAAGAACAGUCUUCGUGAUUGGCUGCGUGUGGUUGCAUCUGACAAGGAGAUUUAUGAACUUCGUUACUUCCAGAUUAGUCAAGACGAUGAUGGAUCUGAGUCUGAGGACUAGAUGAAGUCAUCCUUUAUAUGGCUUUGCUUGCUAAGAAAACAAAUGAAGUAUACAAGAGCAAUGUCUUGAAAUGGACCUUUAGUUUAUCAGUGAAUAAAAAACAUUACUCUGUGUUAAGCAUUAAUCUCUUUUAAGUGUAUGCUGUUUAUAUGAUGCUGGCAAUAGCUUAUAGCUAGUGGAAUUUCUUCGAAAAUUUCUGAAAUGUACUGUUUUUACAAAUGUCCUUAAGUUAAAGUAUAUAGUGAAA